AUGGAAAGUCGGGGGCUCCUCUGCACCCUCUGUUACCUGAUGUUCAACGCACCUCUGCUGUUCAUCGUCACCGCUACCUUUACUGAAGUUCCCAAAGAUGUGACUGUUAGGGAGGGAGACGAUAUUGAGAUGCCUUGUGCUUUUCGAGCCAGCGGAUCCACCUCUUACUCCUUGGAAAUCCAGUGGUGGUACCUUAAAGAACCAGCCAGAGAACUUGCACACGAAUUAGCCAUCAGUGUCCCCGGCAGCAGGAGCAAGGUAACAAAUAAGGAUGCGACCAAAAUCAGCGUAAGUGGAGCUCGAGCUGGGUGGCGCGCGCCCCUCCUGCCGCACACACGGGGUUCACUGCUUGCCCCCCUCCUUCCCCGACACGCGAAUGCAGCUGGUCUCGCCGGCGGCCCCGCUCCUGCGGCGCGGCGGGAGCGUGGCACGUUUCCCCUCCUCGGUGUCUCGCGGCUCGGUCGAAACGUUACCAUCUGUUGCUGGUUUCGCAGUCACGUCUCGUUCCUCGCAAAUCGGGAGGAGGUGACGCUUGCCAGGGAGGAGGAUUCUGAAGGUCUGUGUAUCUGCUUCUACUGCCUGAAGUCCUGGAGCAGAAUAACACUGAAUCAGUAUGAAAAAAGGAAGCUUGUAUGUGGUACAGGACCUAUUUAUGCUACCGACCCACUCCUAUAUAUGUUCCUGUUAAUACUGCAUAAGCUUGUACAUUUAUUAGUAAACCACUGA